AUGACCGACAUCUUGGGAGCUAUUUCCGCCAGCUUGGACCUGGCCAUCUUCAUUACCAAACAGGUUGGGAAAUACAAGGAUGCGCCGGAGACUGUGCGCCUCAUCAGCGACGAUGUGUUGCGGCUGAGCCGUAUUCUCGAGCACUUGAGGGACAACCUACAGCCGCAUCCAGUGUCGGCCGUUCGAUUGGCGCCUGCAGGUCUGGAGCACGGAAUGGAGAGCGUGAAGCGGUGCGAACGGGUACUUGGCAAGAUAAAGGCUACUCUAAAGAGCAUAUUUAGGACAGGAGACUGGAAUCUCCCCCGCGAUGAAGUGAAGCAAAUUCACCUCAAUACACUCACCAGGAUCAGCUUUGUAGUUCGCGAUUCAGAUAUCAACAAACUAAGGGCUGAACUGAAGGAGUGCAAGUGGGAUAUUAUGCUCAGCAAUUCGGUGAACCAGCUUUACCUCGCACAGCAAUAUCCAGAGCUGUAUGCACGGGACUCUGAAAAGCUCGACUAUCUCCAAGAGUUAUGCGAGUAUAUAGUCACACAGAAAUUGGUCAACCAAAGCUCUAACAAGGUCCCUGUCACGCCUCCAUCAAUGCCACCAGGCGGUAUGGACGACAUCUUCACGCCGAAUGCCGUGCAUGUUCCGGGCGGUGAUAAGGGAUUCGGAUCAAACUUGCCACCAAGGCCGCCUUCCAGUCGUCCUUUGCAGACUCUAGAGAUACGAAAAGUCCACAAAAGCCAGAUAGCGGAGGCUGUUCUCAUAAGUGAACGCAUACGCUGGCUUCAUGAUCCGUUUGACGAGGGAUUCAUCAACAUACAUGAGCCGUUGGGCGAAGAACGUAUGCGCCACCUUAUACGAUUGAGUCGUGACCUUUUGACACCAACCAGCUCUUCGGUGCGCUACGAAGUCAUCACCGAGCGGAGGGACUCGCAGAGACGGAAGGAGGAAUACGAGAGAAAAGAGGACGAAUACAUGCUCAAAGAAGAGAAGCUGAGGAUAGAGGAAGAAUUGAGAAGGAGUGACAGGAUGCCCUAUGCGGAGAGUGCCAGCAGGGGUGGCUCCAGCGAAGCACAUGCCAUACCCAGCAACAAUCUCGUCGCAGACCUCAUCAGUCAAUGGAUCAUCCCGGCAGACCCAGAUGACAGGCAGGCCUCCAAGUGCGACAGGUACUUUGAAAAGGGAGAGCGCAUGUUUUACUGCCCAGUUUGUGCAUACGAUGAAGAUACGGUGUUUUGUUCAGACUGCUUCAUUGCAGCUGAUCAUGAACGCCACGGUGUCGAGGCACGCAGGUCGAAUGGACGCGGUUACUGUGAUUGUGGACAUGCGAAUUCUGUCAAGCGACGAAUGGUUUGCACGAUACAUGGGGUCAAUGAACCCAAAAAUGAGACCCAAUACAGGUAG